AUGUGGCGUAUUUUCAUGGCAACCAUAUCCGAUGGCACAUUUAGGAAUACAAUCUGUGUAUUUGAUGCUCUUGAUGAGUGCCGUGACCGAGACAAGAAGCUGCUGAUUGAGAAACUUCGUGGAUUUCAUGUCCGACGUCUGGCUACCCAGAGAAAUUGGUUGAAGUUCCUUGUUACAAGCCGACCGUAUGACGAUAUCCAAGAUCUUUUUCGACCAGUGAUUGAUCUUUUUCCACAAAUCCAUCUUCGUGGUGAAGAGGAAAAUGACCAAAUCCGCAGAGAAAUCAAUCUUGUGGUAAAGGUCAAAAGGCGGCUGGAAAAAGAGCUGACUGAGAUGAAGCAUCACACUUAUCUUUGGUUGUAUCUGGCAAUUGACGACAUUAAAAGAACGCUUAAAGAUAGCUUUCGACCACGCCUAGAAAAAAUCCCACCGCUCCCGAAAAGCGUUCCCGAAGCAUACGAAAGAAUAUUAUGUCGAGUUACUGCUGACCAAAAACCCAAAGUAGAGAUGAUUCUGCGAAUUAUUGUUGGCGCGCGGCGUCCACUUACCAUUCAGGAAAUGGCCAUGGCCUUGGGAGUCGCGACAUUUCCAAAUGCAGAAACAGCAGCAGAGGCAGGCCUUUGUCCUGAUGGAUUAGACAAAAAGAUACGACAACUCUGUGGGCUAUUCAUUUUCAUAAGGGAUUCCAAAGUCUAUCUCAUUCAUCAGACUGCAAGAGAAUUCCUGAUUAGCCAACACGUUAGAUCUGCCAGCUUCCAUUGGUAUCUUGAGCCACACACAACAGAGGUACAGAUGACCAACAUAUGCGUUAGAUACCUUCUCAUGAAUGAUCUUGUCAGUAACCGCGAGAAACUUGUGCGGAGUUUGCUAGAGUACUCCGCAGAAAACUGGGCUGACCAUUCCCGAAAUGUUUUAUCACUAGAAAAGGAACUAGUGCAGCAGGUCUGGAAGCUAUACAACGUUGCCAUAGAUCAAUUUCAUUUGUGGUUUCCUAUAUUUUGGAAGGAGGCAAUGAGAUAUAGUAAGGACCCGGGAAUGAAUGCAAUGCACUUGGCUGCGUUCAACGGCCAUCAGGAAAUACUGAGUCUGAUUACUGUAAAUGAGCAAGGGGCAAUUAAUCGGGUUGAUAGGUCAGGAACAAAUGCAUUACAAUGGGCUUGUUUGAGGGGGCAUUUUGAUAUCGUUCAGCGGCUGCUAGAGAAGGGAGCUAAUGUCAAUGCUAAGGGUGGAAAAUAUGGCAAUGCUCUCUACGCUGCUGCUGAAGGGGGACAUAUUCACAUCGUUCAGACACUACUCGAGAAGGGAGCCAAUGUCAAUGCCCAAGAUAAAAUAAAUGGCAGUGCUCUCCAGGCUGCUGCUUAUGAAGGACAUCUUGAGAUUGUUGAGAGGCUACUGGAGAAGGGAGCCGAUGUCAGUGCGAAAGGUGGAAGAUAUGGCAAUGCUCUCCAGGCUGCUGCUUAUAGAGGACACCUUGAGAUUAUUGAGCGAUUACUCGAGAAGGGAGCUGAUGUCAAUGCCGAAGGUGGAGAAUAUGGCAAUGCUCUCCAGGCUGCUGCUUAUGGAGGACAUCUUGAGAUAUUUCAGAGACUACUCGAGAAGGAAGCAGAUGCCAAUGCCGAAGGUGGAUUCUAUGGCACUGCCAUCCAGGCUGCUGCUAAUGGAGGACAUCUCGAGAUAUUUGAGAGACUACUCGAGAAGGGAGCAGAUGCCAAUGCCAAGGGUGGAAGAUAUGGCAAUGCUCUCCAGGCUGCUGCUUAUGGAGGAUAUCUUGAGAUUGUUGAUCGACUACUCGAGAAGGGAGCCGAUGUCAAUGCCAAAGGUGGAGAAUAUGGCAAUGCUCUCCAGGCUGCUGCUUAUGGAGGACACCUUGAGAUUGUUGAUCGACUACUCGAGAAGAGAGCUGAUGUCAAUGCCAAGGGUGCAAGAUAUGGCAAUGCUCUCUUUGCUGCUACUUGUGGAAGACAUCUUGAUAUUGUUAAGCGACUACGCGAGAGGAAGCCCAAUUUCAAUCCUCAACGUGAAGAAUUUGGCAAUUCUCGGUAA